AUGAAUCAGGGCAUUAGACCCAGAGGUUGUCUCCUUCCUAACUGUGCAGUUAGAGACUCGAUAAAAGGUUUCAUUGCCUCUUGUCAGCACACAGCCCGCUGCCCCACAUUCCACUUGCUCUCACUCAAGAACAAGUCUCCUGAGUUUGUAAAGAUCUCGCUCCUGAGAGAUAUCCUCUGUGUAAUCGAGACAUUCUACAGCUAUGCCGGGGAGGACAGUGAUGAGGCGACACUGACCUGCAGAAAGCUGAAACAGCUCAUCCAGGGCUAAUUUGGGGACAUUCUUCAGCCAUGUGCCAUCCAUGCUAUGGAGAGAAACUUGAAUCUUCUGAAUGUUGACAGUAAUGGCACCAUCAGCUUUGAUGAGUUUGUCCUUGCAAUCUUUAGCUUGUUGAACUUCUGUCAUCUUGACAUACAAUUAUUAUUAAACUCAGAACCAAGACAAGUGUCUAAACUAGAGGAGAUGCCAGAUGAUACCAAUGGAACUGGACAAUGGACAGAGGGAACUUCAGUAACUCAAGACAAAGUGGUGGUUCCUUCAGCAAUGGCAUCACCAACCCAGCUCAUCCCUAAGGAAGGGGGAGAAGGUGAACACAAUAGGGUGGACCCACAGGGACUUACCACAACUCACCAACUGCCAGUUGAAGCCUCUGAACACAAUGACCCUAAGAAACAAUACCUGGAAGGAGAUGAGCGGAGCCAGAAAGUGGCCCAAGAUGUACCAGCAACAGGAGACAGCGAGGCCCAGCUUGAGACAAGUAAGCCAACAGCAGGAUCAGAACAGACUGGCAGUCCCACAAAGGGGGAGGGCCAGAAUAAGGAGAUUCCCCAGUAGGAAGAUAAACCAAUCAGGGAGCGAAGUGGUGCUAAGACAUCAGAGCAAUUUGGAGAGCAGCAAGCGAACUUGGGAACCCAAAGUUCUUCACCAGAAGAAACAACACAGAGGCCAUCUGACGAUCAUGAAUUUGCAGGAGAGAAUGGUGUUAAGGAACACUCUAAAACAGAAGAACCACCACUGCAAGGAAAAGAUGAGCCCAGUUCAGAACAUGCUGACCUGUCAGAACAAGCUGCUGCCCGGAAACUGUUUCAGAUACAGAAAUCAACUGAUCCCGGGGAUGACAGUAGAACAGCUGAGACUCAAGAACCACCAGUACAAGAAAAUGAAUAUGAAACAAAGGACCUGUCAGUCCAAGGUGAUAGCAGAAACGUUUCAAAAACACCCACAGUUAGAGUUGAAAGCAAAGAGGUAAGAAGCCCUGAGGUCCAUCCAACAGCAGGGCAGGAAGAAAGUGAGAGAAAAACUCGGGCACCAGCCCUGGAAGACCAAACAGAGGAUGAGAAGUACCAUGGACUCCAGGAAUCAUUGAAAGAGAAGAAUGCUGAAGAGGAUUCUAAGACACAUGAGUUAAGCUCAGAAGGAGGAGAUCAGAAACAUUCUGAAAUCGAAGGAGCAAUCAGCCCAGGAAAAGAGGCAAGACAUGCUGAGGAAGGCACAGCAGAAGCACUUGUGAGCAGCAAAAAUACCCCUGCAGCAGAAGGGACACUAAGAACAAGAGAAAAAACACAGGAGUUGACACCACUUGAGAACCAAUCUGGAGAAAAAAAUAAGAUGAUCAUUAAGACUCAUGACAAGCCAGACAAGGAAGAUGAUGGUUACCAGGGGGAAGGUCCUGAGCCAACAGUCACACAGAAUGAUGAGAGGUCUUCUGAAACCUCCAACAGCCUGACUCCAGAGGAUGGUGACAGCAGCUCAGAGACAAGUGAUCUCCCUGUGCAAGGGGAUUCCCAGAGUCAAGCAGACCCACUCAGAGGGUCUGUGCAAGGAAGUCAUAGUAAUAACCUAGAAACUCAGAAACAGGUAGUACUGGGUGAGAAAAACAGAGCGCAGGAGGUAGUCGUGCUGGCAGUAGGAGGAGAGGAUGAGCAGCUCACUGAGGAACACACAUAGCUUGCUGGAGAAGAGCACAAGAGUCAGGGCUCCGGGACCAAAGGCCCAAGCCUAUCUGUGGAGCCCAGUGGACACCCAGAGGCUCAGGAGUCCACAGUGAGAGAUGAAAACAGAAAGUCCCUGAAGACAGAGAUCCCAGGUGCCCUGAAUGCAGGCUUCACUGACCAGCUUUCUGAAAGGCAACUCCCUACAAAGAAAGAUAACAGAAAAGAGCUAAAGGUCCAGGACCCAAGUACCAAAGAAGAAGAAGGUGGAGCGCCAGAGACCCAGGAGGCUCUAGUAAAAAGUCUAGAUGAGUACAAUUCAUUCUCCCAAAAGACACACCUUGAAACAGAGGAAACUGCAACAUUGGAGGAGGAGGUUGAAAGCCCCCAAAAGCUGGCAGGAGAACAAAAUCUAGCUAAGAAAGAACAUGAUUCUUCAGUCCCCGAGUCAGGCCUUGAAGAGAGGAUGCAGAGGGACCAAGAGCUCUUUUCUGUGGAGAGGGCUGCAGUCCAUUCCAGUCCACUGUACAGGUACCUGCAGGAGAAUAUACUGCAGCAAACAGACAUAACCCAAGAGGAGCAUGAAAAUCCUCAGACAGCCAGUGUAUCAAGCCCAGAGCUCCGAAACGACCAGUCAAGUGCAUCCCUCACCAAUGAGAGCUCAGGUUGUCCUGUUUCUUUUAACAAUAGCCAAGCAUUACAACAGUACACCAGGGAGCUUCUGCCCGAUGAGGAUCCUGCUGGUGCACAGCAAAUAUCAGCUCCCCAGGCCUUGGAAGAUAAGCAGAGUCAGCCUCAGAGAGAGAAAAUAGAACCACAAAAGGAAGCAAGCACUCCAAAGCAAUGA